CUCUGGAGUCUAAUUCCGUAAUAUAUCACGGCACCUCGUAAAACCGACACAAAAACGUCCCGCCCUACAAAUCACCCGGCCAGAUUAUGAGUUCAUUGUAUUAUGCGAAUGCUUUAUUUUCUAAAUAUCAGGCCGCAAAUUCGGUUUUCCCCUCCGGAGUAUUUCCCGAGCAAACUUCUUGCGCAUUCGCUUCCAAUGCCCAGCGCACCGGCUAUGGCUCCAGUUCCACGGCCUCUUUCGCUGCUUCCAUGCCUGGUCUCUACCCUAGUGGGGGAGGUAUGCACCCCCAGCCCCCCGGCAUGUAUUCCAGCGGCUACGGUCUGGAUACCAGCUCCUUCAACAUGCAUUGUUCCCCCUUUGAGCAAAACCUAUCCAUGAUGUGUCCGGGAGACGUGUCCAAGCCCAAUUGUAACAAAAGCGACCAGAGGGACACGGACUUGCGGCACGAAAGCAACUUGCGAAUAUAUCCUUGGAUGCGAAGCACAGGAGGAGCCAACGUCGCUACGAGACGGACGUGCGAUCUCAAUGCUCUGAGGUCGCUGCCAAAACUUUUAUCGCUUGGUGUNAUGAAGUGGAAAAAAGAAAACAAACCUGCAGGGCCAGGCUCAAAUAGCCAGGAAAGUCCAGAGGCUGAAGAAGAUGAAGAAGAGUAAAAGAAAAAGAAGGGAUGAAAGUGGAAAUGGAAGAGAGAAUGAGAAAGAAAGAAAUUUGACCACACUGUUCCAGAUAUUUAGAGGGAAAUGUAAAAAUUAUUAUAAUAAGACUACAUUGAAACAAGAAACAAACGUAUAAGCAAACUGAAAGGAUUCUUUCAUCUGCUUCUUGAUACUUAGAAAACUACCUAUAUUAACACUUCUCUUAUUUUGUUUUUGUACAACAAAAUGUCUCUUUAGAAUUAAAUCUAGAUAACUGUUUUGCUUUCAUGUGGGUAUAUAGUCCAAGUAUUUGUUUAAAUACUUCCUGUUUAAAAUGUCUCUCUUUUAUCCUCUUGUAAUUUAAAAUAAAUGGUUUAUGAAGUAAAAAUGUAGACAUGGUUAGCACUUUCCCUUAGAAAAACCAUGAACUCCAA